UCCUCCUGCUUCCAGACCAGCUCUUUCCUGGCUGGAGGUCUCAGCUGAUCGAGGCUGUCAGAGCCCAGGGCUGGCAGCUGCUUCUGCUGGGAGAAGGCAGGGGGGAGAAGAUCUUGUGCAGAGAGAGGCUGGGACUUGGCUGAGGUGGCUCCUGGGCUUUGAGGUGCACCUGUGACCCCGAGCCAUGUCCUGCUGCCAGCCCUGCAACCCUUGCUGCCAGCCCUGCGGCCCCUGCCCGCUGGCCAACAGCUGCAAUGAGUGCUGUGUCAGGCAGUGCCAGAGCUCCACCGUGGCCAUCCAGCCCUCCCCAGUGGUGGUGACCCUGCCCGGGCCCAUCCUCAGCUCCUUCCCACAGAACACCGUGGUGGGAUCCUCCACCUCCGCUGCUGUUGGCAGCAUCCUCAGCUCUGGUGGAGUGCCCAUCAACUCUGGCGGCUUUGACAUCUCCUGCAUCACCAACUGCUAUGGUGGCAACAGAUGUCGUCCCUGCUAAAUCUGCUGGCAACAUUUUUGGUCAAGAACUUCCAAGACCUCAGAACAUAGUUCUGGGCAGGAGAUAGAGCUUUGGGACAUUUUCAUUGUUCCCUUCUUCUACUUUUUUUUGUCUUUCCUUUGCUGUCCAUGUCUCCCCAGGCCAAUCUAGGGGGGACAUGUUUUCCUUCCUCCCUCUUUUGGGCAGGCAGAUGCACACUGCUCUGCAGGAGCUCCAUUGCGUUUUAGUGGCUGCCCCUGGUGGUCUCUGUGAGCCACCUCCUUUUCUUCUUUACACUCAAUAAAGUUGUUUUGCAUCCAA